AUUCAAUUGAGUUUCAGAUGAAUUAAAACUGAAUAAAUUCACACUCUAUUAUGAGGGUCAACUAAUGAGUACUGACAAAUAAUACCAUGAUCUUGAGAUCCAGAAAUAAAGUUAUUUCUAAAUUUGCUACAGCAAAUAUGUAAUAGGCUUUUUAUGUUUCGAAUAUGUAUUAAUUAUAUGUAAUUUUCAUACUUCAUAAGUUUUAUUAGGGCAUAUACAUUUAUUCAGAAUAGAAGUAUUCUUAUAAAACUUUGAUGUACAAUCAGUAAAAUAAUUACCAUUUUUUUAAUAUUUAUAGCAUAGAUGGAUAUAAGGCUAGCAAGAUAUAGAUAAAAUUUAAUAAUGUGAUUACAAUAAUGAUGGAUCCAUAAAAUAUCCAUUGCUACCUAUUCAUAUAUCAUUAGAAACUAUUUAAUUUAGAAGAGAGCACAUGAAAGCCUUUUGUGGCAAGAUCAACAAAAUUAUAAAAUGGCAAUUAAAUUUUAAUGCAAUUAUGAUUAGAUAGAAAAUAGUUUUUUUUCACUUGAUUUACAAUAUAAUUCAGAUAUACAAUAUUGACCCUCAUAAUUCUAAUUAUAUUAGCAUUAAGUACAUACUGAUGUUGAAAUACAGAUUUUACAAUUUUAACAAUUAUUUGAAGUGUUUAUGAUAUGCCUUUCUUUACAAUAUCAAGAGG